CAACAUCCGGUCACGGCGAGCGGGCGCGAUGCAGGCGGUGCUGCGGGCGGCGCGCGGAGCUGCCGGGGCCGCCGGGGGUCUCCUGCUGCGGGAGAGUUGCAGGCGUCCGCCACCCCAGGCAUGGCUGGCCAGGGUGCCCCAGCGCUGCUCCUCCAGCCUGCCCAUGAACACGGUGGUCCUCUUCGUGCCCCAGCAGGAGGCCUGGGUGGUGGAGCGGAUGGGCAAGUUCCACCGCAUCCUGGAGCCGGGACUGAACUUCCUCCUCCCGGUUCUGGAUCGCAUCCGCUAUGUACAAAGCCUCAAAGAAAUCGUCAUCAACGUACCGGAACAGUCCGCUGUUUCCCUUGACAACGUCACCCUCCAGAUAGACGGCGUCCUCUACUUGCGCAUCAUGGACCCCUACAAGGCUAGCUAUGGAGUGGAGGACCCUGAGUACGCAGUGACCCAGCUUGCGCAGACCACCAUGCGGUCAGAGCUGGGCAAGCUCUCGCUUGAUAAAGUCUUCCGGGAGCGCGAAUCCCUCAACGCCAGCAUUGUGGACGCCAUCAACCAGGCCUCGGACUACUGGGGCAUCCGGUGCCUCCGCUACGAGAUCAAGGACAUCCACGUGCCGCCUCGAGUGAAGGAGUCCAUGCAAAUGCAGGUGGAGGCUGAGAGGCGCAAGCGGGCGACCGUGCUGGAGUCCGAAGGGACCCGGGAGUCGGCCAUCAAUGUGGCUGAGGGGGACAAGCAGGCUCAGAUCCUGGCCUCGGAGGCGGAGAAAGCAGAGCAGAUCAACCAAGCGGCUGGGGAGGCCAGCGCCAUACUGGUGAAGGCUCGGGCCAAAGCGGAAGCCAUCCGACUCCUGGCAGCUGCUCUGGCCCAGAAGAACGGCAACUCAGCCGCAUCUCUGUCUGUGGCCGAGCAGUACGUGAGUGCCUUCUCCAAGCUGGCGAAAGAGUCCAACACGAUCCUGCUGCCGUCCAGCACGGGAGAUAUUCCCAGCAUGGUGGCUCAGGCGAUGGGCAUCUACGGCACCCUGAGCAAGGCCCAGCUGACCAAGGCCACGGAAGCGGAGCCUCCCCCUGCCCUCCAGGCCCAGCAGCCUUCAAGCACAGAGCACCCUGAGCUGGAGCGGCCGAACGGCAGCUAACGGCGAGGUCUGCGGGCACGGCCGUGAGCCCAGCCCUGUGCCCGCUGGGAGCUGGCCCUGCUGCCUCUGCCCUUGGACUCUUCUCCCCCUGCCCCUAAAAAGAACUUUGGUUUAUUUUGUAAUUUGGAUUUAAUCAUGUAAUAAAAGGAGCCGCAGA